CUGCCACUUCACUCACAGUUCAUCAGUUUUUAAAGAACAUAGAAGCUUUCAAGAUUUGAAAUGAAUAUAUUACAUAACCAAUUAUUGAAGACUUUAGAAAAACCCGAAUAAUAUUUAUUAUUUUUAUAGGAAAAAACUACUGAAGACAUGGCUCUAAGCCUUAUUAUGAAUAUUAAACACCGAAGACAUGGCUGUACGGUUAUAUAGGUACCUUUGAAGAAAGAAAAAAAAAUGACUAUUUGACAUUGACACUUGACAGCAAAAUACGUUUGCCGUUGCUUUAAAAUAUUAAUUUACAUUUUUGAUGAAAAUAAAACUUUUGUAAACUUGAGACACGUACUUGCCCUAUCUUCAUCUAUACAUAAUCAAGUGGUGAUAGAUUAUAAUACUGAUAUUACAGAGACAUACUGUGUACGCGAAGAAUAAAUUAUAGUCUCCUUACUUUCAUAAUAAGUGAGUAGUGAUAAAUUUCAAUUAUGGAUGAUGAUAUUAGCUACGAACCUAUGGACGUUGAUUUAAGCGCUCAUUCUGCAAGUGUUAUGGAUAUUUCGUACACCAGCUCUAAUAUUGAUUUAUCAAUCGUAAAAACAGAACCACCUGAACAGGAUUACUACGUAAAGGAAAGCAGUUUGGAUGUUAGACCUGAAACUAUCAAUAGGUUGAUUCUCAACAAUAUACAAAAUCGGAGCAAUUCAGUAACCAGUACCAGAACUGUUAAAAAAUUUCAACCAUUUCUACUUUUAAGUUUAACUUUAUUAAUUAUAUCAAUUUUAACACAUCAGAUAGUAAACUUUAAUUGCUGUGAUAAUUUAAACAUAGAAAUAUUGAGUCAUAACCUUAAAACAAAAUUGUAUGGACAAACGGUUGCAGUAAGUAAUAUUAUAGAAGCAUUGGAAUCGCAAGAGAGUAGAAAAAUCAUUUUAUUUUAUGGAGGCACAGGGGUUGGCAAGACAUUCGCCACAUCAAUAAUGUUGGAAAAGUUACUGAAUCAUAAAAAUAUAUAUCAUUAUACCAUGCCUAGUUUUCUCCAAACAUUUUCAUCAGAAUUCAUGCUUGGAUUACUAUUUUGCAAGUCUGCAGUUUUAGUUGUGGAUGAUUUGACCAGAAAUGAUAUUUUAAAUAUAAAAUCGCCUAUCAAGGAGUUGAUGCUAAAAAGUGAGAAGCUAUCAAAAAACAUAACUAUAAUAUUGAUAUACAACUGUGAUGUUGUAUAUGAGGAAUUUCUUAGGAAGUGCGACAAAGCUUUCCCCUCAGAGUUAAAAAAGAGUCUGGAAGGAAUAAAUGCUAAGAAAUAUUUUAUUAAAUUUGAAUCUUUGACAGAAGAACAUUUGCGUUAUUGCAUUGAAGCUGAAAUAACUGAUAGAGUAAUAAGUGCAAAGGAUGUCAAUAAAAUAGUGAAAAAUUUUAAUGUCUCACUUGAUGGCUGUAAAGGUGUACAUCAGAAAUUGCAGUAUAUGAAAAUUCUAUAAUUCUAAGGUAACUAUGCAAUUUGAGAAAUGAGAAAAUACAUUAAAAAAGAUUGACUAGUA